AUGAAAUCAACUGUGUCAGAAGCCACGGCCCGGCGAUGGAUGGUACACGCCGGGUACAAGUUCGGCUCGUGGAAGAAGGAUGUUUAUGUCGACGACCAUGAGCGACAAGAAGUUGUGGAAUUCCGAAAGGUUUUAUGCUCCACAUGGGUGAGUCUUAGCGAGCGGAUGGCGUCAUUUUCGGGGGAGGCCAUGGACAUAUUGGAGUCUCCCAAUGACGUCUCACAGGAGCAGGUUGUGUGGGUGACUCACGACGAAUCCAUCUUCUACGCCAACGACGACGGGGGAAUGGUUUGGACGAAUACGUCCCACCCAGAUCUCCCCAAAAAGGGACGUGGGCGCUCAAUUAUGGUGUCUGACUUUCUUUGCCCAUGUCAUGGCCGCCUCUUUAUGCUGGGAGACUCUGAAGCAUUGUUUGUCACAGAGAAGCUGCAUGUUGGCAAGGCCCAGGAGGGCUACUGGACCAGUGAGCAUGUGAUCAAGCAGGUAACGCAAAGGGUUCUUCCUGCGUUUGCGGCUUUGUACCCCGGAUGCACCGCGUUGUUCACGUUUGACCAAUCAACCAACCACGCAGCUUACGCUACCGAUGCUCUCCGAACGUCCAGCAUGAAUCUCAAUCCGGCAAGCAUCCUCACCAGUCUUUGCUCGAUCCUGGAGGAGACGAUUGUGGCUGCUGGUCAUGUGUGCUUGUUCUUCCCCAAGUACCACUGCGAACUCAACCCCAUCGAGUCGUAUUGGGGUGCGGCAAAGCGACACACACGAUCCAACUGCGACUACUCGUGGAAUGGGCUCGUUCAAUGCGUUCCGCGAAGCCUUGAAACCUAUAGCUACGGCCUUGACUACAACAUGUCCAAGUAUGCCCACAAGCAGACAAGAGCCACCGACGCAUCCCACAAGGAGUAA